CGGUAAACUGAUGGAUCACAUUAAAGAGGCUGAAAUGAAAUACGAGGAAUGGAUGUCAUGUUUGCCAGAGAAACUGUGGGAUGUCCCUUUAACAAAUCUCUCAAUACCAGGUAGCCAUGAUGCAAUGAGCUACUGUUUGGAUAUCACUUCUCCUCUGCUCCGGUCAGAGUCAGACACCUUCCGGUUGCUGGAUGGAGUUUUCUGCUGUUUCACCCGACCAGCUAUUUACAGAUGGGCCACUACUCAGGUGCAAGACAUUGUGGAGCAACUUACAGCAGGCAUUCGAUACUUUGAUCUUCGAAUUGCCCAUAAACAAUAUGAUUCUUCCAAAGAGCUUUACUUCACUCAUGUCAUUUACACACAUGCGACCGUCAUUAAAACUCUACAGACAGUUGCUUCAUGGCUUGAAUCUCAUCCUAAAGAAAUCGUCAUUCUGGCUUGUAGUCAUUUUGAAGGGCUGGAUCAUAAACUGCAUGAGGAAUUCAUCUAUUCUCUGAAGAAAAUCUUUGGCCCUAAGCUGUGCCCUCGCAAUGAGUUCCCACUGACCUUGCGGAGCCUGUGGACAUCAGGCUAUCAAGUAGUUCUAUCAUAUGAGGACCACCAGUCAGCAGCACGCCAUGUGGAGUUGUGGAAUGCUAUCCCGUACCUUUGGGCCAAUAAGCCUGAUGCAGAAGAGCUGAUCCAGUAUCUUGAAUGGCAUAAACAGCAUGGUCGACCUGAGGGGUUUUUCGUAGCAGGCCUGAAUUUGACGACAGAUCGAUGCUUCAUCGCCUCGCACCCUCGGACAUCUCUCCAAACUCUGACCCUGGACAAUUGGAACUGUGUGAGGAAAUGGCUAGAAGAUCAGAAACCAGGAGCUGAACGCACAAGUCUAAACAUAAUAGCAGGCGACUUCAUUGGACCCGUCCCAUUUUGCUCUCUUGUUAUUGCACUCAACAAGAAACUGCUGUAAUCAAGGAGUUGUUGAAACACAAUGCGUUUAGAUUCAAGGUCUUUUAGGCGUUGUUCACAAACCCAGAGUUUACAGCCUAAAGGCGGGUACACACUGUACGAUUUAUAAUAGUCAAUUAACGACUGUUGUUUGUCAGUCAGACUGUACAAACAUGAUCCUCGCUGUAAGUCAUGUCACACUGUAUGAUCUCAGUUGUAAUUAACGUCAGAAUGUACGGCAGUCAAGAUGCGUUAAAACCUGGAGGCACGCAAGCAGGCUCAUCCAGAGUCAGCUGGUUUUAGCUGGUAUCCCAGGCUGGUUUUAGAGGGGUUUUGGCUACUUUUUUUAGCUAUUUGCUUGAUGUGUGGAGCAAGUGGUGGUUUGUUGACUCUCAUUAAUUGCGUCAUCAGGUUCGGCGCUCCUAUUGGUUGCUGAUUUGACGGUUGUCGUAGGAGAAGCCACUGCCAGAAUUUCGUCGGAGGUCAAAUUUGACCGCAAUGGUCAUUAAUUGGCCGUCGGUGAACAUGUCAAACUAGCAAAUAAAGACUUCAGAUUUUGGCCUAGGAUCCGAGAAAUCUUUUAGGAUUCACAAAAUUAGUCUCAGAUGGCAA